AUGCCUGGAAGACCCAAAGUAAAUAGAGUGAAGCAUGCAUCUGAAUCACAAGAUGCCAAAUACUCCUCACAGAGGUUAAAGGUUAUAGGACUACCUAGGAAAGAUGGGGGAGGCCAACCUAUCUUUGACCAAUUCCCUCCAUUUGAUCCUGCUAUACCAAGAAGUGAUGUUGCUCCUCCCCCAGUUUCAGAAUGUGGUGAUCAAGUUGGCGGGCCUGAUAUACCAAGAAGUGAUGUUACUCCUCCCCCAGUUUCAGAAUCUGGUAAUCAAGUAGGUGGUCCUAAUGUUAGUCCUCUGAAAAGGACUAAGAUGAUGACAAGGAGAGGAGGGAAAACUAAAGUGUCUGGAUCAAGGAACAAAACACCAAAGAAAACACCUAAUGGUAACAAACAUAAGAGUAAAGCAAAGGAGGAUGUGUCCCUAACCUGUGAUGAGGAUUUUGUUGAUCUUUUUACACAUGCACCUACUGGUAAGCAAGGUAUGAGUCAAGCAAAAGAGGAUGUUCAGGAACAAGAACAUGAUGACAAUGAGGUGAAGGUGAGUGAAAGACUUACUUUACAGGAGUUGCUGAUGUCUGGAUAUACACAUGCUGAUGCAGUUUAUGGAGAGGUUGAGGAACAACAGAUUGAAGAAAAAGAGGCUGAGGAAGGAGUUGAAGAGGUUGAAGAAAAAGAGGCUGAGGAAGAAGAAGUUGAAGAGAGAGAGGUUGAGGAACAACUGAUUGAAGAAGGAGAGGUUGAUGAAGGAGUUGAAGAGAGAAAGGUUGAAGAAGAAGAAGUUGAAGGCAUACAGGUUGAGGAAGAAGAAGUUGAAGGCAGAGUGGUUUAG